CCCUCUCUAUCUCGCACCACCUCUAUUCGGGAUAAUUUUUUGCGCCGCCUCCAUUACCGGAGGAAUCCGAGCUCAAUCCAUGUCCCCGUGGCCCGGAUCAACCUCUGACGGAGUACCAGCCGAUUCGUCUAUUCAGAGGGAUGGUUUCUCAGGAGAUUCGGAGCUGGGUAGUGAGAGUAUCUACGAUUUCGAUCCGCACUUGGAUCUGCCUCGGGAAACCAUGGAUCUGUGCUUCACGGGGCCGGAUUUGAAAACGAAUCUCAGAUGCGGUCAUGGGGACGCCCUGCACAGGAAGGUGGCAUUUGACAUGGCGGCCACAGGGAGAAGAUUCCUUGGAUGCUCUCGUCAGGGGCGGGAGCGUUGCUCAUUUGUCGUGUGGAUCGACCAACCUUGGAGUCCCCGUAUUGACUAGGACUUUAAUCAGCUUGUGGGGUUUAGUUGGCUUGAAUUGCAGGGAUGAAUCUAUGCCCAUUGAUGUGGAAGCGCCCAUUGAUCAAGCAUACGUAAAUCUAUGGACCGAGAAAAAUAACCUGCAGAAUGCGGUCGAGCAUAUGGAGCGGCAAAUGAAGAUUAAGGAACUCAGGCUUAAGGAAGUUAUCCGCCGCAACAGCGACAGAGCGUCACGCUCCUUGAACUUCUAUUUCAAUGUGUCCAUAUCUGCCGCCAGCGUAGCUGCGCGCUACUCUUUUUGCUGUUCUAGUGUUUGUUCUUCUAAAAUAGUCAUUUGUCACUUGUUGUAAUCUUAUCAUUAAUGUAGACUGUUGCCUUGUAAGCAUUCGCACGUGUGUCUGGAAUGCAGUUCAGUGUUUUAAAGUUACCAUUAGAUAUCUAGUCGAUUUGUUACUAGUACAGAUGUGCAUGCACUACAUAUUGAAUAUAUGUGUGUUACCAUCA